AUGUCGUUCACAUUUCACGGCUGCUCUGUGAACAAACGCGAUGAGGAAGUGUUGGUCUCCUUCGCGCGUGACUUAUGCAAGACGAAUUUACCGUAAGAAGUACAGAAAGCAUUACAAAUUUGCCCGGAAGGACGCAAAAAAGAAUGAACUUUGUCAUGCUUCUAAUAGAGGUAUAGGUAUACGAAAAGAUUAAGAUUGUCAUGCUUGGCCUGCUACGGUAGAUUUGUUCCUGUGGAUACGACUUAGCGGCGCCCUUCGACCCUGGACGCGCUCGCUUGGUUUGGACUACGGAACCCGCGAAAGCAGGAGCGGCGCAAGUGGAUAAAGUUGACGACACGCCAACAGAUGUACAACUGUCGUGAUGCUUCUACUUGUAGCUAUGGCAGUGCAGUUUGCGUUGACUUAUUUUUGCAUGCAGAUAUUGAUAUCCUAUGUGUAUGACCAGCACAAGGGAGUAAAAUUUUCAUGCGUAGGACUAGCGGGGUCUCGGUCUACCUCAGCACCACACAAAUGUAGUACGUGUGCCGAAUAAGUAAAAACAAUCGUCGAUGAUCUUCAGGUUCGCGAAAUGAGCAGCGUCCGACAUUCGGAAAACGGGCAUGGCGCGUUGGUAUUUCCUCUGCGGGACUUGGGGAACGUGAAGUCCUGCUGCUUCAAUAUGGGGGAAAUCAGCAUCUCUGUGAUUCAGGACAUCCGCCGCGACCUGUCAAAGCGCGGCGAGGAGGGUGAGCAGGAUCCUGUAGCGUUGACCUCGGCGCUUUCAGGGUAUAGUAUACCUUACACCUAUUUCUGAUGCGCGGCCGGCAUGAUGGAGCACUGUACUGCUACUGAGGCUUAAGUUGUAAUAUCAUGCGGAACAAAAGAGCGCGUUGCGAAUGCAAAACACAAAAACCACUUCAGGAAUAUUCUCUACGAAGAAGACGACGACGAGGCCCACGAUGAGGAGAACGACGAUGUAUCGUCCCUGAAUGCCAUCGCCGGUUUACGAAAGCACACCCUGGCUUCGCAAUCCGCACCCGCGCAUUUGGCGAAUAGGAACGGGGCGAUUAGUAAGUCUGAUUUGAUAAAUUCUUUGAACACGACGAGCUCUGGAGAAAAAACUACUGCACCAGCGGGAACAAGUGGAGCAGCUGGGACCACUUCAAAAGGAGCGGAAGUACAACACCAUCCUGCUCGACAGAACCAGAAUCUUCUCGCCGUACCGAAGAACAGCCCGAGACUAGCUUCUGGAUCGAGUGGCGCCUCGAGUGGGGAGAACAUUAGCGUUGCGAAGAACGUUGUGUCGACGACGUCCCAGCAUCAUCCGAUCGUUCAUGUGCCGAACAGUGUAAAAAUAGUGGAUCCACAGACGGAAAAGGUGCAUUUGUCGCAUAAAUUAUUAUCUUCGUUGGAAACCACCGCCCAACAAGCCACGGUGGCGGUGGAAGACUUGACUCGGCAGUUGUCGAAAAUCACCGAGAAACAGAGCCCCACAACCAGUAGCAGUGACGAAAAGGAUGCUGUCCUGAGCGGGAGUAAGAAGGAAAACGCAUCUUCGACUUACUCGUCGAAGAAUUUCACGCACACUUUGUUGCUGACUGACAAGUCCCCGAUGUCUGCGACGGACAAAUAUGGGUAUGGGGCGGGAGCGGGCGGGGAACAGACUUCUAAAGCUGCCAAGAGCGGGCAUAGUACUUCUAAAGGGACCACGACGGUGCUACCUGUGGUAACGAAGCACGGGAAUCUGAAGGUGGUGACGGGAAAUCUCGAACAGUUGCCGAUACCGCCAUUGUCAAUUCUGAAGCAGGUACAGGAGCGACAAAGGUCCAGAGAGAGUGGCUCGAGGGAGAGUAUCAGGUCAAGAACAAGCAAGAGCACCGGUAAAAAUGAUUUUGCAAUCACAGCCAUGAGAAUAGGAAUAGAGCACGUCGCUUUGUGAUCAUUCUUCAAAUGCCAGUGGGGGCUAGGGAAAGGAGUAGUAACAUUUUUGAGAGUUGUGAUGAAAUUGCAAGAGAGACUGCUGGGAGAGACAGCUGGUUUGUUGCUGCUGCGUGCACUGCGUUUGCUACUGGGGACGAUGAGGUCGAUGCCAAUGCGAUGCCUCCUUUGAAGUGCGUGUGCGUGUCUCAAUUUGCGGCCGGACCGCCUGGGAACUUACUAAGGUUGCUGCGGCUGGCGGUAAAAUGGAGGAGGCGGUGGAUUUUGCGUCGACGUUUGUAUAUAUGGACCCAAUAAAAGCGCUUCAGCUCCUUUGGAACGGGAAAAAAGCCUUUACUACGUUGUAUCGCAACUUGCAGGAGCAUGCUGGUCCUCGACAAGGUUCUUUUCUAAACCCAGCAAAUCAACACACCAGGUAAUGCCUCCUCCCAGACGUCGCUCCAACAUUACAUGGCUCGAUUUUCCAGCGGACCGGGGGACCGGACGCCGUCUCCGAGUCUGAGCUACGACUGGGAUCCCACGGUCGCGCGGUCACCAAACGACAAGCUAUGGAUUGCAAAAAUGUCUGGGUCUGGAAGAUUGUCAGAUUUAUCAUGCAGCUUUUCCAUGACCCACGAGGUCUGGAAUGCAGGACCUAACAUGACAGAUUCUGUGCGAUCUCUCUCAUGCCUAUUCUGCAUGAGAAACUCCCUCCCGAAUUGGGCAAAACUGGACGACUUUUGGUAAUCAUGCAACACAGAUUUUUGCAUGCUUCAGAUCUAGCAUGACAAGUUACAUUCUUCCAGACCCAGACACUUUUACAUUUGAUACAAGCCAACCCCGAGCAACGGAGGUCCCGCGCCGAUUCAGCUCGUCCCGCCAUUCGCCUACGACCCGUCCGGGUGGGGCACCGCCUUCGGCGGCCCACAACAGCCACCGCAGUCGUCCGGGGGUAGUGCGGGCGGCCGGGAGGGUGCGGGGGUUUCUGAAAGUUAUCAAGACGAAAAUUUGCUUGUUUUUCAUGUUCUCUUCUUUUGGAGAAUGGCGCGAGUUUUAUGAGUUGUCUGUUUGCAUGAUUUGUAUCCAAGUGUAAUCAAAUGCCUUUCUGCACAACUACAUAGAUUGUCUGUGCUGUGAGCUGUCCUUUUGCUAGUUCAUGAGUACUUGAUGUUGCCACAGAUGAAUGGCAAAAGAAGUUUCGCCUUGAUAGCCGCGUCAGCACAACAAGGAUGCAGACGGAAAAUGCGCCGAACAUGGCUGGUAUGAAAAUACACUUCGCCUACAAGAACUUGUGAAAGAUUGAUUGAUUUCUCAUUCUGCAAUAAAAGCCCGCAAAUUUUAUCUCUCGUGUGAUGAAAACAAAAACUAGCAUAAAGUAAAAAAAUCGAUUUUUCAUGUGAAAGACAAAUCCAUAUAUUGACAGGCACGAUCUGGUACCACGACCCCCACACUGGUCUGAUGCACCCCAUCACGCCGUCGGCCGAUUCCACCUACAUCUGGAAUGGCCAAGCUUUUGUCGGCGCCGGGGCAGCACUUACCGCGGCCGCGAUGCAGAAUAAUUCCGGAAACACAAACAGUACGCUGUCCAGUCCCCCUGCUAGUAUGCAAAACACGCCGGCGUCCGGCCCGGUCCCGUUCCUUCCCCAGCCGCGGAACAGUCCGCCGCAGGGUCCUUCCAGGCAGGUCUUACCCCAGCAGUCACCACCCCCGGGGACGCAGACGACGCAGGUGCUCAGUCCGGCGACGAACAUCGUGAUGUCCUCGGAUCACGACAACCCCGCACGCGACUCUAUCGGUUCUGGCCAGUUCACAAUGUACGAAUUCAGUCCAAGUGGUCAGGUCCACCAAGACGUUGCGCGAUUUUCGAAUGGGUCCUACAGUACGCGGAUCCUGCCGAACGCUUCCGGCGGGCCGUCCGCAAUGCAGAUCUUGACCUCAACGCCCGGAGGUUCGGGCACAACGUCACAAGGCGGUAGUACUUCUGUUGUGUCGAAUGGUGCGCCGGGAAGCGCCGACAUUUCAGGACGGGACGGGAGAGCGGGAACGGCGGAUAGAUUUUUGCCUGGAGCAGCAGGUGCUGCCGAGAGGCAGCUGUCGGAUAGCGCAAAUUUGAGCGAGUUCGCGUAUCAACAGCAACAAAGGAUGCUGUCUUCUCGUGGCGGUGGAGUUGGGGGAGCUGCAUCGGGUCCAUCGCAACACCAAGGUUUGCCCCCACACCUCGCUAACGGCGCGGCGAUAGCUGCGAUGCAGCAGGGUGGCAAGGUACUGGUUUACCCGAACCAAAUAGGACCGGGGAGAGAUCUCACCAACAUGCGGGAUCAACACAAUCCAAACCAGCAGUCCCAGCACCAUGCGGGUCGCGUCGAUUACACGCUUUUGAACUCCUCGGGGGAGCAGGAGUACUACUUCGGGGGGAGCAGCAGCUCCCGGUUCGUCUCUUCGCAGCACGGCGGUUCGAAAGGAACAUCUUCAAGCAUGAUGAACGACGGUACUAAUCGCUACAUGCCGGCGUUCGUAGAAAAUAAUCCCCAAAUAACAAGCGGCAACAGCUCCAGUAAACACAGUCAAGGCCCCGCCCGCAACGUGCCCACCUUCAUCGGGAGUAACCCAAGCUCCAAGCACAGCCAAGGAGGCGGCGUGCCGACCAUCAGUACCACGGUGAGGGAGUACCAGAAAAGUGAGAAUCAAAGGGGGAGCCGCGGCGGUGCUGACAGAGAUCAACAUCUUCACUAUGGGACGAGUAACCUGUUUCAGCAACACAACUCCGACGGAGGAGGCCGAUUUAGUUCUUCGUCCCACGAUCAGCAGCAUCCGCGCGACCGCGGCGGGUCAGGAGGGAACAGUAUGCACCACCAGCAGCACCCUCCGUCCUCCAGAGGAGGCAUGUUUGUCGACGAAAGAGGAAACUUGCACCCGUAUAUUCAUCCCGGAGGACCAGGUGUAGUAGACCGCGAUAGUGGUGGUCAAGGUCAUCUCCAUGCUGUAGUUUCACGCGGAGGCGGUGGUGACCAUUCGAGAGACAGCGGAGGACAUACCGGAGGGCCACCCGGUGUUGUUCCUCGGUAUAGCAAUAGUAAGAAAUCCACGACGUCGAAUAACAGCAGCAAUAUCAAUGCACCACCCUUGCCUGUCAAUAGUACCGCUGGUGGUCCUAAUACUGCCCAUCAACAAUCCGGGCGAACCCCGACGGGGAGCAAAGGACCACCGCCAUCCUCUUCGCUAAAUCCUAACCCCCCGCCCCCCGUCCGGCGCCACCCGCAGGACUCGCAGUUGAUGCGCGACUUCAAAGACAAAAAAAUCCGCCCGAAGCUGGGCGAGAUCGGGGCGAGCAUGCAGUUGGCGCAGGAGUUUGUGUACGAUCAAUUGGGGUCGCGCUACGUGCAGGAGGAACUCGCCACCGCCGAGCCGAACGACAAACGUAAGCUGUUCGAGCAACUGGUUCCGCAGGCGUCAUAUCAAAAGUAAAAAUGUCUGGGUCUGGGAACUUGUGAUGCUGGGUAGCGUCUCAUGAUGAGGCUACAAAUGCUUGCUCAGCAUGACAAGUUUCUGAGCUCCUAGGUGUUGCCUAUUCUGCAUGACAAACUGCGCUUCUGCAUCACAGAAAAACGCAGCUCUUGGGUAACGUGCAUAACAGAUUUAAAAGUCAUGCCAGACAAGCAUGACAAACAUGAAUUCUUCCAGACCCAGACAUUUUUACAGUUCAUACGUCAAAAUUGGUCUACGACGUGUUUGGGAAUUACGUGAUCCAUAUCCCACAGAAAAAAGCUGGCAGGUCACAUUUGUAAUGCAAAAAUAAAUACACAAAAAAACCUGUAUUGCGUAUCCUUAACAGCAUGCUAUGAGGCCGCCCAUAGCAGAUUUUUCUGUGUAUUUAUUUUUGCAUUACAAAUGUGCCCUGCCAGCUUUCUUCUUUGUGAUAAUCCAGAAGUAUUUUGAACACGGAACCUUGGAGCAGAAAACGGUCUUGGCGGAAUGCCUGGUCGGGGAAACGAAGAAGCUGUGUUUGCAGCUGUACGUAUCCUAUUUAAAAACCUACCCACACCAGCAGAGUUGUAAUGCAAAUCUGCAUGCUGAGAAUGUUUCUCAUGCGGAGCCCCAUGAGAAGCAUUUUCUUGUCGUGUUUUGCAAUUUGUGAUGCUCCAAUCAGCAUGGUAUGCUAGAUCUGUGAUGCUGCUGAGCUAGCUCAAACAGCACUACACUACGAAUCCAAAUUUGUCAUGCAAAACAGCCAAAACUUGUGGAUUUGUCUAGCCGAUUCCCCAUCUUGACUAUGGUGUGGGUACGUUUUUACUCAGGAUAGUACGGGUGCCGGGUCAUUCAGACCGCGCUGGAGUUCCUCCCCUUGGAUUUGAAGAAGCUGCUCAUCGGGGAGUUGCGCGGCAGCAUCGUAGAAUUGGUCCAGGACCAAAACGGGAAUCACGUCAUUCAAAAGUGCAUCGAGGUGCUGCCGACGCCGGAGGUACUUAAGUUAGUACUUAGGCGCUUUACACUCUACGAUCGUUUUUACAGAUGAACUUCUCAUCACAUUUGGCAACUGGAACUGUGCAAGUAGUUUUGCUGCUGGAACAAACCGCAUUGCAAUUGUCGCUAAUAAUUUUACAACUACUUCAGGUUCACUGGAUCGUUGGCUCUUUCCAGAACAAUGUGCGCGAGAUAGCUUCGGACCGGUAUGGGUGUAGGGUGAUUCAGCGAAUCAUUGAAUGCUGCGCGGUCGAGGAAACUGGAUUGUUGUUCGACGAGAUGCUGUCGGCAAGAACCUGUCGGGCACUGGCGCACCACAGGUAUUUACUGCUGUGGGUCUUCUUCAUGCGGGAAAAGUUUUGUCUUUUAUGCAAUUUGCGCUGCAAUUGAGUACAACGAAGUUGUGGUGCAAAAAAUUUACAUACCUAUAUUCCGUAGCUUGUGAAGAUGUUGCAACGAGUCUUCAAACCCUGUCUGUAAUCCACGCUUUCAAAACACGACCAGAUAUGGCAACUACGUGAUCCAAUAUGUUCUCGAGCGCGGGCGUCCGCAGGAUAAAAUGGCUUUGCUAACGCAGUGCGUUGCCGAGAUCAAGGAGUGGUCGUGCCACAAGUUUGCGUCCAACAUCGUGGAAAAGGUUUUGGACUAUUGCGAAGAGGAGCAGCCGGACCAGAAGCACAGUAUGAUCUCCGCGAUCAUCAAACCGGCGAAUAAUCCUCCCGUCAUGAACAUCAUGAAGGACAAGUUCGGAAAUUACAUCGUCCAAAAGUAUUGUGGUGUUGUGCUUCAUCUUGUGUUGCUGUGCAAUGAAGACCAUGUUGCCUUUUGUCAUGCAUAUCGGCCUCCAAUAUCUAUCAAUUCAAAAACAAAAAUCAUCCCCCGCCCAGGUUCCUGCGUCUCGCCUCCCAUCUGCCUGAAGGCAACGAAUUGCGGGACGAAUUUUUCCAGCUUUUGAAGCAGCACCUUCCGGAGCUUUCCCGGCUAAGUUACGGGAAACACAUUCUGUUCGCGCUGAAAGAAAAAGGAUACAUGCGGGAGGACGAGGUGGAGCGGGCGCUGUCGAAAUCGGCGGCCGAGACGCGAACAAGUUCGAAGGAAGAGCGGUAG